AGCUACAGUAAACUGAUCACUUGGGACAAAUAAUCACAAAGCAGGGCUGGUCAAAGGCUGAUAACAAGGGCACCGGGCAGGGAGCAGCCCAAGGCCGCGCGCACAUCAGGACAAAUUCAUUUUCCCGUACUUUGCUGCGGUUGAUAGAAGAUGGGAAUGGAUACACGCUACCUCAGAAAAUGUGUCGGAAAGCACUUGGCUGAGGGACUUGCAGAAGUGGCAGAACAUCACCCAGCAGACCCCAUUGAUUACCUGGCACAUUGGCUUUAUAACUACAGGAAAAAUAUAAAGGAAGGUGAAGAGAGGAAACUUAAAGCAGCCAUGCUGGAACAAGAACAGGAAAAGGUCACAAGACACCUGGAAUUGAUUGAAAAUCAGAAAGCUGAAGAGCUUCUGAUCAAGCAGGAAAUUGAAGAGCAACAUGAGAAGAUGAUUACUGAUCAGUGUCCAGCAGAUGCAACAGCACAGCUCAUUGAGAAAUAUGAUACCCCUAAUUUACCAACAGUUGUAGAGCCUGAGGAGAAUGUGUUAGGAAAGGGGAGUAAGGAGAAAGAGAUGUACAUUUUGGUGGAAGCUAAAGCUAUUGAGACAAAACCAAAAGCACCAGAAGAAAAAGUCAAUGGAGGUGAUUCAACAUAUGAAGAUCAUGAAAUGAAUGAGUCAUUAGAUAUGGUUAACAAUGAAACUGUACACCAAGUCCCAAACGAUGCUGCUGCAGAAAAAGGUUCUUUAGAGCUUUCUGAGGAGGUUGCUGAUAAAGCUAAAGAAAGCUACUAAUCAGUAAGACAUUACAUCAAAGAUGGAGUAUUUCCACAUAAGGAACAUGGAUACUGUGGAGAUCCAAACUGAAUAUCAAGACAUAAAAAUGUGUGAAUUGAUAAAUUCUCCCUCUCGUUUAGGCUUUUUUAAAAAGGGAUCAAGAAUUCUCUUAUUUUUUUCAUGAUGGUCUACAAAUACUAAGGUUCAUAUCCUAAAAUGUGUAUGUGUGCAUUCACAUGUAUGCAUACUGGUGACUAUAUUUGAACGUAUAUGGAAAAUAAUGAAAAAAUAUACCUCUGGUAUUGAGCCUUUUCUCUAAACUUGGGUAUCGCUUACAUCCUUGCAUUAUAAGCCACCUGUUGCAUUUAAUUUUCAAAAUGCGUGUGCUAAGAAAAAUGCUACUUUAUUAAUUAUGUACUGAAAUUUAUUGGAUUAAAUAGAAUUACUCUAACAGCUAAUUUUGGAAAUAAUGCAUGAUUUAGAACAGUUUUAAGUGUACUCAAUAGUAACUAAAUCUUUCUUAGGCACUAACUAAAGAGAACAAACAACUUUAAAAUUUGCCUCUGUAAAAAAGUCUUCUUUUUUAACUGAAUAACAGUAUAAAAUCUUUUCUGAGUAA